AUGAUAAAGCUGAGUGAUAUCAUUUCAAGUGACGAGUGCAUCGAAGUUGUACGAAAUUCUCGCGUACAUGAUCAUACUUUUCGCGUGGUUAACUAUCGAUUGGAUAAAAUUGAAGGAGAACCAGGAUAUAUUGGUGAAUAUGCUCAUCUUGAAGUGACCGUAGAGCUGGAAAAUGGACAAACCCUCAUCACCAAGUACUUUCUAAAAUGUCUUCCGUUCACCGAUCUAAAGCAGCGCCAGUAUGUUCUGGAUCUCGGCAUGUUCACUAAGGAAGCUGUUUGCUAUAGGGAACUGCUGUCAACUUUCGAACAGAAUCCCGAAAAGGUGAUCAAAUGGAGACCGGCAUGUUGGUUGGCACGGGACGACCUGAUGGUCAUGGAAGAUCUGGUGAAUAGCGGUUAUCGAUCGAUGCCGUUUCAAAGACCAUUUGGCCAGACUCAUAUGGAGCUGGUAUUGGAACGAAUGGCACAGAUGCACGCCUGUUCGCUGGAUUUGGAAUACAAUCGAAUGAACGGGGUGAAGCUGGGAGAUCAGUUUGAAGGAAUGCUUUACGAGACGGCUUAUACGAGGCAGAACACAUGGUUUGUCACAGGGUUAAAGGGAAUUCUGACAGCAGCAUUGGAAGGAUCAAAGUACGCUAAACAUCCAGAAUACAAAGCAAUCAUUCAGGCGGAGUUGCUACACAGACUAGAUCGAAUCUACGAACUAUCGGAGCCAUUAAAUCGUUUUCAAUCACAAGAUCAAACCGGAGCGGACAACUACGAUAGGCCAAUAGACUGCGUGCUGAUCGAUUUCCAAUUAGUUCGGUAUCAACCACCUGCCAUCGAUUUCCUCUGUACCAUCUACAUGUUGACUCGAAGAUUCCAGCGGAACGAACUGUACGACUACUAUGCAAAGUACUACCACGAACAGCUAGGAGAGAAGCUACGGAAGCUCAAUCUUCAGAUCGAGAGUAUCCUACCGUGGAAACAGUUCCUGGACAGUUUGGACCACUACAAGCUGUUCGGUUUGCUGUGGUCUGGUGUUAUGCAUGCGUAUGUCAACCUCCCGGAAGGUCAUCUUGCCGAACUACAUGUGAAGGAUUCGGAAGCCUAUCACGAAUUCGUAUCUGUUAGCAGAGAUGCCGUGCUCAUGAAGUUUCUCAGCACGGAUCGGUACUAUCGGGACACUCUGCUGGACUCGGUUGAUGAAACUAUGGAGUAUUUGUUUGGAUUCAAAUAA